AUGGUAUUUACAUCAAAAACAAUUUGUGAAACAAGAGUAGAAGAAGAUUCAUUUGGUCCAAUUGAAGUACCUGCACAUUGUUACUAUGGAGCAGAAACAGCUCGAUCAAUGAAACAUUUUAAUAUUGGUUUAUCUACUGAUCAAAUGCCAUUACCAAUGAUAGAAGCGUUUGGUUUAAUUAAAAAAGUAUCUGCAAUGGUGAAUGUAUACUUUGGACUUGAAAAAAAUAUUUCGACUGCAAUUAUACAAGCAUGUGAUGAUAUUAUUAAACAAAAAUUAAACAAUCAAUUUUUCUUGAGUACUUGGCAAACAGUAUCCCGUACACAAACAAAUGUGAAUUUUAAUGAAGUCAUUUCCAAUCGAGCAAUUGAAAUUCUUGGAGGUGUUAUAGGAAGUAAAACACCUGUUCAUCCAAUUAAUCAUGUUAAUAAAAACCAAAGUUCAGAUUAUACGUUUUCAACAGCUAUGCAUAUUGCGGCUUUCUUCCAAUUACAUAAUGGACUACAUCCAGCAUUGAUUAAUCUACAAGAAGCUUUAAAAAACAAAGUUCCAGACUUUUCUUCAAUGUCAAUAUCAAUGAAUAUUGAACGUUUAACAACAUGUCAAAGCCGUUUAUGUGAAUUAAAUAUCAAUGAUACAUCUGCCGGAAAGACAAUUAAUAUACCGAAAGAUUUUAGAAAAAAUGUUGUUCAGGAAAUAGCACGAUUGACAGGUUUUCCAUUUAUUGAUAUGUCUAAUAAAUUUGACGAAUUAAAUACGUAUAAUUUAAUGGUGGAAUUAAGUGGUGUACUCAAUACAUUAGCUGUUAGUUUAAUGAACAUCGUCAAUGAUAUUUGUCUACUAAUUUCCAAACCUCGUUGUGCUAGUGGGGAAUCAAUUUUAUAUGAAAUUGAACCAGGUAGUUCUAUCAUGCCUGGUCAAGUCAAUCUCGCUCAAUAUGAAGUAAUGACUAUGGUCGCUGCUCAAGUUAUGAACAAUCAUCUUGGUCUUACUGUUGGUGUUUCGAUGGGAAGUUUUAAAUUAAAUGUAUUGAAACCAUUAAUCAUUAAAAAUAUUCUUCAUUCAAUACGUAUUCUUCGUGAUUUUUGUUCUUCUUUUACUAAUCACUUCUUAGUUGGUAUUAAACUAAUCACACAUGCAUCAACAACUUACAUGUCUGAAUUACCUAUCGAUAAUUCAAUACUUGAUAAUAAAAAAGAUAUUGAAGAUAAUUUUGAACAACGAAACAAUUUAUCAACUGUACUACCAUCGUUAACACGUCCAACAACUCCAAUACAAAGAGCUGAAUUAUGGCCAAAUGGUAUAUUACUUUCAUCUGGAACGGAAUCGUAUAUAGUACCACAUUUAUAUAAAGCUGAUCAACCAGAAAAAUUCAUCUCAGAUUCAUCACCAUCAUCAACAAAUGAAAAGGUAUUUGGUAAUGUAGGUGGAGGACGAUUAACAACAGCAACAACAUUAAUAGAUUAUAAUAAAUACAAUAUGGAAGGUGAAGAAUUAAUUAUUACAAAAAAUAUAAAUACAACUUGUCAAUCAGAUAAUCUAUCAUCGUAUAAAGAUGUAUCUAUGGCACCAUUACGACAUUCAACUUCAACAUCCAAUAAUAAUCUAGAUCAAGUAUCAUCUGAUCAACAACAACAACAACCAUUCGUUUCAACAACACCUGCACGUCAUUCACAAGAAGUAAAGCGACGAAGUAUUUCAACAUCACCACCACGUUUAACAAACAAUAAUUUAUCAUCAAUAUCUAAAGUAUCAAAUAAUAAUUCGAUCAAAAAUAAACCAUUAGAUAGUAAUGGUGAACCAAAUACUCCUAUAUCAAGUAUGGAAUCACCAUUGAUUAGUAUGAUGCAGAUGGUAAAUAAUUUAAAAUCGUCUACUUCUCCACCUGAUUCACCAAAUAAUUAUCGAACAAAAAAAUUCAUGAAAAAUUCAAAUUUUGAACAUACGUCGAAAUCCAUGGAUCAUAUCAAUAGGGCGGCACAACACACACAGUUUCAAAAUAUCGACCCACAUCAUCAAAAUAAUUUACCAUCAUCACGUCGAAAGAGGUUCAAAAUGCCGCCUCACCAUCAUACAAUUGAUCCUAAUGGCAUAAUUAUGCACCACUCAAAUAAUCCAUCAUGCUCAUCACAAGAUUUAUCACUUUCAUCUUCAUUACCUGAUCUGCAGCAACAGUUUAAUUCUUUACUUCAAUCACCACUACCAUCGGAUCAGCAACAAAAAUAUACAAGUUUUUCCACCAUGAUGAGCAACAAUUUUAUUAUGAAACCAAUACAUCAUCCUACUUCUCAUAUGUAUCCAUCUAAUCACUCAACACACUCAUAUGAUGUCGAAACGCCACCUCAACAAGAACAACAGCUAACAGAAGAACAAUUAAUUCAUAAUCUAGCUCAACAACUAAAAAAAUAUCCACCAAAUGAUUAA